ACUCCUGAGUUACUUUGGUUCCUGAUCUAGCUGUUGCCACAAGCUUUAUGCCGUUCAGAGUCGUUUAGUUCAGAAUGGUGGAUAAUUUGUGACAUGCCUUAUAUGGGAGCGAUUCUUCUGUGAUAGAACAGCAUUUACUGGUAUAAUAAAACGGAUUUACCUAACAAGGACAUUCAUAUCGGAUUUAAAUGCACAUCUGAACGACAAAACCAUGUGGCACUUUGUAGCCUUGUUAAAGCAACAUUUAUCUGUCAUGAUGUCGACAGAAAGGUGUGUGGCAUAGCGCGACAUUGAGCGGGUGUACAGCGUGCUUUGUGUAUGUGUGUGUGCUACUGGAUCAAUACCACAGUGAUGGGCUGCCUCCAGUCACGCAGUGGCCCUCAGAUCCAAAGAGAGGUUGCGUCGGCUCCAGACAUGGCGGACGGCUUCUGCGAUCCGGCUCCGCCUGCGCCUACGGAUCCUAGGCUGCCGUUAAGCGCCCUCCAAGUCUUCAAGUUAAAGAAAUCGUGGAAAGGCAUCAAACGGUGUAUGGAAGCCACAGGGGUUGAGAUGUUCAUAAGGUUGUUCAAGGCCAACGGUGACCUGAAACAGUUGUUCAGCAGUUUCCGUGAUCUGACCAAUGACGAUGACCUUCGUGUUAAUGAGAAUCUAGAAAAACACGCAACGCUGGUGAUGGGCAUCUUUGACGAGGCCAUCUCCAACGUGGACAACGUCGACUACACGUUAGAUGUGCUACAGCGAGCAGGGGGAAAACACACCAGGUUCCCUGGCUUUCAGCCAGAUCUAUUCGUGUGGAUGGAACAACCGUUCUUGGAGGCAGUGAAACAGACUUUAGGGGACCGCUAUACGGACAACAUGGACGUUAUUUACAAAAUAACUAUCAAGUUUAUUUUAGACAAUAUGGUGAAAGGCAACAAGAAUGCGUUGUCUUGAUGUGUGAGACAUGUGUGUGAACGCGAGUCACCUCUCUGUUAUCACCAUACGUCCAAUGCGUGGAUGCAUGCUCGGAUACCUGAGAUUGAGUGUACUCUUCAUCCAUUCUACAUGAACUGAGGCCCUCAACCAAAGCCCUUUCUACCACAAAGGCCGGACCAUAUCUCAGUGAAGGAACGUUUACCUACUGUGGCAUUCACACACAGUUCAUUGAAAUAGAAGUAUGUGUGUAUUUUCUAGCAACGCUUGCCCAGUUUACAAGAAGGACGGAAGGAUAUCAAAUGCGCCACAUCUUCCCUUGACCUGUAUGGCGUCUUUCCAAAAACAUAUUUGUUUUAAAAUACAAAAGUCCUGUUGUGGGGAGAUGACUAUUGAGUGACUGCGUUGUUUAAACUCUGCUGUUUUGUGUGUAAUUCAUGUUGUUAAUGUGCGCUGUAAUGCCGAUCACACGUGUAGGCAGUUUCCUCUGGAUAGUUUCCUACUAUCUCUACAGCUCUGCCUACUGGUUUCGUAACCUGGAGCUAUCCCCGUCUUAGAUCCAGGCACUGAAAAGUAAAUACACUGGGAAUGGGAAUUGAUCACAACAACAAUCACACCCUCUGCACGCCUUUAUCGUAGGAAAUAUUCCACAUCAGUUGUCUAAUGGAAUCAAUAUCCAAGUGUAUCCGGAGAACAGGGACAUGUACAGAAACCUGUAUUCCUGAUUGGAAUCUCAGAAUGUUUAUGUUGUUGGUAUUACCGUAUUGCAGAAGAGAACUGCUGACUGAAAGGGUAUACAGUGUAUUUAUUACAUGUUUGUGCUGUGGUCAUCUUAUAUAUUUGGGUAAACAUUCUUAGCAUUUGAUUAAUGUCUCAAAAGGUAAUUGGAAUCGUAUACCGUUCUCACAGAAGAAUAUUGAUAAUGUCACAAGGGCUGCUACUGUUAGGCUUGUCUCUAAUUGGAAACAGGAACAAUGAUUGAAGAUACUGCAAAACAUUAACACUUUUUAUCGUGGUUGAUUGAAACACCAAACACUAAAUUGUGAUAAAAGGGAAAGAAAUCACCUUCAAACAAAACUGCAUUUUAAAUCCUCAUAAUCGUUAAACAAGAAAAAAGUCAUUUUCAUUUUCUUUAACAAUUUUUCAAAAAAAUAACUUUCCAAUUUGGUUUGAAACUGAUUUACUACUUGAAGAUGUUUCCUUCCUAUCUAUGUCGUAAACCAAGAAUAUAUUAAAAGUGUGGCAUGUCAUUCAAGUGUAGGUAUAGCUGGUGCAAGACAUUUAUUGUUUCCGGUUAUUUAGAUUCACGUUUCCCUUUUAUCUUUCCACGAAGCCUGGUUUAAAAUAACCAUGAAACGAUUUCAUCUUACUGGGAAAUACAUCAUACCUUUCUUUGCAAGUGAGGUUAUAUAAGUAGGACAUUCUUGAAGAUAUGAUAUAACUUCAGUGUAUUUUAUAUGUUUCGGAAAUAGCGAAACAGGGUUUGCUCGAGCUCUAUAUUAACACACAUUCAAAAUAACACAUGUACCUUAGAGUAUGAUGUGCAAAAUAAACAGAUUCUUUACAGUUUUACAGCAAGAUUUGCAAUAGCUACUAAUCACACGGGGCAGAUUCAUAUUUUCAAAAAACAUCAACAAACACAUUGAACUUAAUCAACUCAACUGGUUUGAGAUCAAAAGAGAAAAUACACCGCUCGGAGUCCACCGACUGGUAACCCCUGUCGCAUACCAUUUAACGUUUUGGUUUCUAAAUUCAGAUUGAUUUUGACAAAGUGUUGUGGGAGAAAAUCAGGCCUUAUCCGAGAGCUUGAUAACUUCAUCAAUAAGAAUCAAAGGCCAUUCGGCCAAUUGGUGUUUGUCUCGGCUAAAUUUAGUUAAUAUGCAGGAACCAUUUCUGAGCGCAGGUCAACAAAUAUACCAGCCAAGAUAAAGGAGGCCACAGAGCAGGCGAAAAUUGGUUAUGAAGCUGGUUUCCGGAAAACUUCAUCAAACAUAUUAACCAAAUUCUAGUCGGGUUGUAUGCAACGAGAGGCUUUCGAAAUUGAUAAAUUAUAACUGGGUCUUAGGUCAGAUAUUGAUGACUUCUUAAGGUUGGGCAUGCACUAGAAAGGAUGUCUUGUUUGUGUUACAAAUGUCUACCAAGGUCAAAAGUCACAUUAUUGAUGAUUGCUGCGCUUAUGAUUAGUGUCAGACAUGGAUUUUUCCCUGAGCUAAUUUUGACUUUACAGGCCCAAGAAACAAAUCGAUUUGGCUCGGACAUAUUUGUCAAUCUUCACUUGAAAUUGGCUGUUCUCCAGGUUAUGUAUAUUGUGAUACCGUAAAAGACCUAAAUGAAAACAGUUAAUCCGCAUAACAAACUAUCCAUUAAUAUAACAGUAUAAGCUGACGAUUGUUUCAAACGUCUUUUCCAAAUGACAUUGUCUUUAUCACUAAACACAUGAGCUGAAAGUCAAUGGUAUGUGCCAUCACUAUGUCACGUAAAACAUUCUCAUCUUCAUACAUUUAUGCUAGGCAAUAUCUGUGGUAGGUGAUAAAACACUUUUGUUGAUGCAGGACAGCCUGCUGAAAGCAAUCUGCAAAAGGUAAAUAAUAUAAUGUUGAUAUGAGUUGGGAUGUUUCAGGGCAAACAAACAUCGGUAUGCUUGGAGAGACUGACCUUAGUGUAAAUUCAUACUUCGACUUGUAGUGCAAUGAUGAAGUACAACAUAUUCCAAAUUACAUUUCCUGCAUUUCUUACUCAGAGUGCAUAUGGAGGUCCGUGCUGGAUAUGCAGACCACAGUUACCAUAACGCCAUGUGCAUUUAGACGUGAGCAUGCUGACUGUACACUGUCGCACAUCACAGGAUGGUAGUGCCUGUUUGACCUAGGAUUUCUUAGUUCUAAUGAGUCCAUUAGUUAUACAAUAGCACAUCUACGAUCGCUUUGUUGAAUAGGGCAAUUACCUUUAAUAUAUAAUGCUUCAAUGCUUCAAUGCGACACAUGUAAACAUACUCAUACAAUAGUACAGUAAUAUCGACCAUAAUAUAACAAGAAACGUCAAGAUUGUUGUACUGAGUUUGGUAAUGUGAUCUAUGGAUUCUAUAAUUAUUAACAAAAAAAUCUUCCUUAAAGGCAUAAACAUUAGUGGAAAGAAUUAUUCGUUUUUCAGCAUGAAAGAUUCUAAGCUAUUGAAUGAUGAAUAGCCGCCAUUAAAUAUCCUUUAAUGUAAUGAAAUAAAUAAUGAUAAAUCAUAUCACAAUGUGUUGUAUAAGGACUUUUACACGAUAGCGUCGACAUUGUCAUAUUAAACUGAAUAUAGUUAAUUAACGAAACAAAGAUAUAGUAUAUCUCGUAUAUGUGACACAACACAGUAUAUUAAACCAACUGACAAAUUAACGUUCACUGCAUAAGACAAAUUCAGAAAACACUUCUUUUGAAGGGGUCGCAUCGCUAGACGAUCGUAACUCCCAUAUUUUAACGUAGACUUUCGACAGUCGUAGCGAUACGAUCGUUUUGUGAAACGGGGCACUGUACCAUAGGAAUAAGGAAUAACUGAUCAACGAAUUUUGGUUGUUAAAGUGUUCCUUCUCUAUCUUUCUAGCAGCACAUUGUAUCAUUUAUUCCGAAAUUGGUCGAGUCCUCUACAGCGAGAAUCACGCGGCUCUUCUGCGCCUUACGCUGAGGAUGGAGCUGAAAGUGUGUCAACUUGUUUUAUCCUAAGAUUCCGAGGGAGCUCAUUGAAUAGAUUCAUGUUGUCACCCUUUAAGCAAACUUGCAAUGUGAAUACCAGUGAGUUUUCUAAACGCUGAGAUUCCAUGAGAGUUAAAAUGGCUAGCAUAGCUUCAUGUUGUCAUCUGUUUUACAUACUUAUUUUUUAUUUUCAUAAGUUGCUGACGUAGACGUACUGGUACAGAUGCUAUUAUAGAGUGAUUUCUCUCAUAUUUCAUAUGAUAGUUUGUAAAUUAACAGAAGCAGUACACUGUAACUCCUUGAGUGAGUUUCUACAAUCUUCAACGCCAAUAUUUUGUUAUUAUAUUACAUGUACAUAACUUCAAGGAAAAAAAGGAAAAGAGGUGGGUUUUUCGGAUUGUCGUAUUUGCUGUGCUGAAUAAAAAGGUAUUUCAUGGAAAGACAUCGCGGAACAAAGAAACUGACGCCAUAGCUGUAAGGUAUUACGUUAUCAAAGGAUGCUCGACCUCGUUCAUAAGUUACAGCAUGUUGUUUCAGAAUAUGUAUGCAUAGAGCUAUGUUAACAUGUAUUCCGUAUUCCAUUGAUAAUUCCAGAUAUUGGAAAUAUGGAUUUAUGAAUAUUUCCAUUUCAGUAUCAAACUGCUGCCAUCCAUUCUCAUAUUGUAUUGGCAAAUCAUGUUGAUAUUUAUGUUAGAUAGACAUUUUGUAAACAAUAAUUCAGUUGACACGUUGAGAUUAUGAAUCAAAGACUUAAUAUAUAUGGAGAAUUGUAGCACCACUUUAUUCAUUUUGUUGUUGUCAAUUUAACUAAGAGAAUGCUUUCAAAUACCAAAUAAUUGCGUUUUAUCCCAGUGGCAUUAUUUCAGAUGAUUAAACUUUUCAAAGGAGUUUAAGUUAAUGACAACAAAUAAUUGUAGCAUAACAACAUGUUUAUUGAUAACUAAUAUAUAUAUAUAUAUAUAUUUAUAUAUAUAUAUGAGUAAUAGUAAUGGCGAGAGAACCCGCCGGUCGUGUAUUUAUAGAACAGUGGGAAUAACAAUGCAAGGUGACAAUAUAGGAUACAUGGCUGUAGAGAAGGAUGACGUCAUCAAUGACGUAAUCACUCGCUUCCAGCACCAAGUGUUGUACAUAUGACAUGUACAUGCGUCACUGUGACUGUACAUAGCUCUUUAUGACGUAUGAAUAAAUCGAUACAGUUGUUACA